ACGCCUGGGCCCCUCGGCCCGCAGCGGCACCAUGAGCUCCCCGAGCGACGCAGACGGCGCGGCCGCCCGCGAGCCCRCCCUGGAGCUCCUGUCCCGCGCGCAGCUCCGCGCCGCCCUCCCCGCCGCAGAGCUGCGGGGCCCCCGUUACGGUGCAGCCCGGCAGCUGCAGCGCGAGCUCCUGGCGCUCAAGCAGCAGCAGCAGCUCCAGAAGCAGCUGCUCUUCGCCGAGUUCCAGAAGCAGCACGAGCACCUCACGCGCCAGCACGAGGUGCAGCUCCAGAAGCACCUCAAGGUGGGCGYGCGGCCCCCCCGCCGCGCCAUCGCCAGCACCGAGGUGAAGCUGAAGCUGCAGGAGUUCCUGCUGAGCAAGACGAAGGAGCCGCCUGCUGGCACCCUCAACCAUUCCCUCCCCCAGCACCCCAAAUGUUGGGCUCAUCAUACCUCGUUGGACCAGAGUUCCCCUCCCCAGAGCGGCAGCCCGGGGACGCCGCCGUCCUACAAGCUCCCCGUCCUGGGCACCUACGACAGCAGGGACGACUUCCCGCUGCGCAAGACCGCCUCCGAGCCCAACCUGAAAGUGCGCUCGCGGUUAAAACAGAAGGUGGCCGAGCGCCGGAGCAGUCCCCUGCUGCGGAGGAAGGACGGCACCGUCAUCAGCACCUUCAAGAAAAGAGCCAUCGAGAUCACAGUGUCCUCGGUGUGCAACAGCGCGCCGGGCUCGGGGCCCAGCUCGCCCAACAGCUCCAACAGCGCCAUCGCUGAGAACGGCCUCACCGGCUCCGUCCCCAACAUCCACGCCGAGCUGCUGCCCCAGCACCGAGUCCUCACCCUGGACGGCGCCAGCCAGCUCAGCCUCUACACGUCCCCGUCCCUGCCCAACAUCUCCCUGGGGCUGCAGGCCACCGUCACCGUGACCAACUCCCACCUCAACGCGUCCCCCAAGGUGCCGUCGGAGGCGGAGCGGCCGGCGGUGGCCACGCUGCGCCCCGGCGCCGCGCUCAGCGGCAAGUUCCUGAGCACCUCGUCCAUCCCGGGCUGCCUGCUGGGGGUGGCCCUGGAGGGCGACGCGCCGGCGCCCGGCCCCGCGUCCCUGCUGCAGCACGUGCUGCUGCUGGAGCAGGCGCGCCAGCAGAGCACCCUCAUCGCCGUGCCCCUGCACGGGCAGUCGCCGCUGGUGACGGGGGAGCGCGCGGCGGGCGCGCGGGCCGUGGCCAAGCUGCCGCGCCACCGGCCCCUGAGCCGCACGCAGUCGUCGCCGCUGCCCCAGAGCCCCCAGGCGCUGCCCCCCGGCGCCCUGCAGCACCAUCUCCUCGAGAAGCAGCAGCAGGGACAGCUGGGCAAGCUCCUGUGCAAGGCCGGGGAGCUGGCGCGGCAGCCCAGCACCCACCCCGAGGAGACCGAGGAGGAGCUGACGGAGCAGCAGGAGCCGGCGCCGGGCGCCGCCGCCGCCCCCCCAGGACCCCCCCCGGGCCUGGCCUYGCCGGAGGCCGCCGAGCCGCCGGCGCCGCCGCCGGAGGCCGAGGGCUGCGGGGCGCCCUGCGAGCGGCCGGGCGACAGCGGCGACGAAGCCGACGCCGCCGGCAGCCCCGACGUCGCCGAGCUGGGCGUCACCUACAAGCAGUCGUCCCCCGCCAGCGCCGGCCUCAAGGCCCCCGCGCCCGAGGCGCCCCCCAAGCACCUCUUCACUACAGGCCUCGUCUACGACACGUUCAUGCUGAAGCACCAGUGCGCGUGCGGCAACACCACGGUGCACCCCGAGCACGCCGGCCGCAUCCAGAGCAUCUGGUCCCGGCUGCAGGAGACGGGGCUGCUGGGCCAGUGCGAGCGCAUCCGGGGCCGCAAGGCGACGCUGGAGGAGAUCCAGACGGUGCAUUCGGAGCACCACGCGCUGCUCUACGGCACCAGCCCGCUCAACCGGCAGAAACUCGACAGCAAGAAGCUCCUGGGUCCCAUCAGCCAGAAGACGUACGCGGUGCUGCCGUGCGGGGGCAUCGGGGUGGACAGUGACACGGUGUGGAACGAGAUGCACUCGUCGAGCGCCGUGCGCAUGGCCGUGGGCUGCCUCGUGGAGCUGGCCUUCAAGGUGGCCGCCGGGGAGAUCAAGAACGGCUUCGCUGUCAUCAGGCCCCCGGGGCACCACGCCGAGGAGUCCACGGCCAUGGGCUUCUGCUUCUUCAACUCGGUGGCCAUCUCGGCCAAGCUGCUGCAGCAGAAGCUCAGCGUGGGCCGCAUCCUCAUCGUGGACUGGGACAUCCAUCACGGCAACGGCACCCAGCAGGCCUUCUACAGCGACCCGCACGUGCUCUACAUCUCCCUGCACCGCUACGACAACGGCAACUUCUUCCCGGGCAGCGGGGCGCCCGAGGAGGUCGGCAGCGGCUUGGGAGUGGGCUACAACAUCAACAUCGCCUGGACGGGCGGCGUGGACCCCCCCAUCGGCGACGUCGAGUAUCUCACCGCCUUCAGGACCGUGGUGAUGCCCGUCGCCAACGAGUUCGCGCCCGACGUGGUGCUCGUGUCCGCCGGCUUCGACGCCGUCGAGGGCCACCUGUCCCCGCUCGGCGGCUACUCCGUCACCGCCAAAUGUUUCGGCCACUUGACCAAGCAGCUGAUGAAGCUGGCGGGCGGGCGCGUGGUGCUGGCCCUGGAGGGCGGCCACGACCUCACGGCCAUCUGCGACGCCUCGGAGGCCUGCGUGUCCGCGCUGCUCGGCCUCGAGCUGGAGCCCCUGGAUGCGUCGCUGCUGCAGCAGAAGCCGAACGUCAACGCGGUGGCCGCCUUGGAGAAGGUCAUUGAGAUCCAGAGCCGGCACUGGGGCUCGCUGAAGCGCUCGGCGGCCGCCGUGGGCUGCUCGCUGCUGGAGGCGCAGCGCGGCGAGGCGGACGAGGCCGAGACCGUGAGCGCCAUGGCCCUGCUCUCCGUGGGCGCCGAGCAGGCGCGCGGCGGCGGCGACCGCGGCGCCAGGUAG